AUGGAAAACCUUAACAAGGUUGAGUUUAUGGCUCUUGACAUUAGUGGAAUGAGUUAUUUAUCAUGGAUCCUCGAUGUUGAAAUCUACCUCGAUGCUAUGGGUCUUGGAAACACCAUAAAAGCUGCAAAUACACUAAAUGAAGCAUCAAACCAAGAUAAGGCUAAGGCAACGAUUUUUCUUUGUCGUCAUCUCGAUGAAGGAUUGAAAGCCGAAUACAUCACUGUCAAAGAUCCAACUAAUCAUUGGAAUAAUCCUAAAGAGAGUGGGUAUAAUUCAACCUUUUUUAAAAUUACUUCUCAACUAAAAUUAUGUGGUGAAAUUAUAACUGAUGAAGACAUGCUAGAGAAAACUUUCUCUACUUUUCAUGUCACUAACAUGGUCCUGCAGCAUCAACAAUAUUGUGAGAAAGGUUUUAAAAAAUAUUAUGAAUUAAUCACAUGUCUUCUUGUGGCCAAACAAAACAAUGAUCUAUUGAUGAAAAAUCACCAAUCACGCUUGACCGGUUCUAGCCCAUUUCCUGAAGUGAAUGCAACAUUAUAUAAUCAUCAUAAUCGUGGGUCUAACCCUGGUCAAGGUUGUGGUCAUGGUCGAGGUCAUGAACGUGAUGGAGGUUGUCAUAAUUAUCGUAACAACAAUAAUAAGAUUAUAAGUAACCACCAUAAGUGGGAGAAUAACAAAACCCCACAUCAAAAUGAUAAAAAUGGUAAAUGCAAAAAGAAUAUUGAAAAUGUUUUUCACCGAUGUGGAAUGACCGAUCACUGGUCUCAUCAACCAGAAAUGACACAUUUGGAUGUUGUCGAUUUUCUUGUAUACCCGGAAGGGACAAAUGGUGCUAUGGGUGGUGAUGGAAGUAUCCAUUUGUUUCCCAAAAGAGAUGGAUAUGUUCCCUUAUCAUGA